AUGCAUGAAUUCUCAGCCAAAGAGAAUAUAAAGAAAAUAUCAUUUUGUAGAUCUUCGGAGGCUGCUUGCUCCUCCCUCUCAUCAAUCAAUGGCCUCAGAAAUUUAUACGAGAGCAUUGAUGAUUUGCUUCUCUUGCCUCACAUUCAACAGAUUGUUUCUGAGGAAUGUGUUGAUGGUUACAUCAACCUAUUGGAUUCUUGCAGCUCAGUUAAGGAUCUCAUCUCACUUUCCAAGCAAAAUUUAAGAGAGAUUUUGUCUGCUCUAAGGAGAAAGGAUGUUCGAGGCAUCAAUGGCUACCUUGCUUCCAGAAAAAGGUUAAAGAAAAUGAUCCAAAAGUGUUUAAAGAAUAUGAGACGUAGCAGCGCCUCAGCCUCUUCUGAGAAUGCUUCCAUGUUGACAGAUGCAGAGUCCGUUGCCAUUUCCUUGCUCGAGUCUCUUGGUCGUUGGUGUCAAAGCUGA